ACUACGCUUAAGCGGAAACCGCCUCUUUGUGAAUAGGUAUAAGGAAAUACAAGAUAAAAUACCAGAUUUGGUUGUGUGGAAAAAAUGGAAGGAAUAACCCAAAAACCACGCCAAAUACGCCUGCUAGAGGUCAGUGUAGAUGAUAAGAGACGCCAAAUCAAAGCUUCGGAAGAUCGCCCAAUGAAGAAGCCCAUUGGAAAGGAGAAAACCGAGAGGGAUUUCGAUUCCUACAUGGACGUUUACUGGCAAAGAAAAACCACCAGAUAUACGAUCUCCGACGAGCCCUCCAUUGGGAAACUUCUAAACUCCACCCCCACCAGCUACUCGGCAGCUAAAGCGAGGCUGGAGGACGUGCUGGUUUCUAAAAAAAAAGAGGAAAGAUGGCCACCUGCUAAGGGACAGCUGGCGGAGCCAUUAGCAGCCAGUGCCAGGAUGCUGGGCGACUUCCUGCAGUACCAGCAAAUCAACCCCCUUUCUAAUCCAGCUCCCUCUCAUCCAAUGGCCAUGUUGGCAUAUUGGGAAAAGUUGCUGAGUAUCCGUCGGGACGAUGCUGCCAAGGUGGAGAACAAGAUGACGGCUACUAAACAUAAACAAAAACACGUUGAACAUUCACAUUAUUAUGAAGUUAUUAUAGUGAAGUGUAUGUAUUCUCGAUCCGGACCACUAGCAGAGUCGAUAUACAUGGCCAUGUCCGUCUGUCCGGACACGGAUGAACCAUGUUUCACUGCGUGCGUGUUCUUUUUGCUUAAAAUUUGAACGAAAAAUCACGACAGCCAUUAUUCAAUUCCUGAAGAUAUAAUUUUGGUUUGACUGCGUUUAAAAUAAAAAAGAAUGUAUAAUAAAUAAGGUUAUUCAUUUUUAUUUUCGUGUCAGGCUGUUGUUCCAAAUAAUAUUCCAUAUUUACUGGAGUGCAACGUCAGAUUCUCUAGCGAUUAAUCACCGACGAUGGACAACGAAUAUAAGAAUACUAAGUACCCAGCCAAUAC